CCGCGCUACUUCUCCCUCCUCCAUCCCUUCUGCUUUCCUGCUCCUCCUCUGCUCAGUAUCCGCGACUGUCUUCGUCGUCGUGCUUUGUGCUUUCAAGAAGAAUUACUGAGCUGCUUGUCGAUACCGGUUUCUGUGCUUGCUGUCCCGCGCGUGUCCUCCUAGACUCCUUACCUCCUCCCCACCAUGGCCCUCUCUGCCCCCGGCACCGACGUCCCACGUCUCUACGGCGUCCCCCUCAAAUACAUCUCUCUCGUCAUGCUCACCUUCCAAAACUCUGCUCUCAUCGUCAUAAUGCACUACUCCCGCGUCAUGCCAGGAUACGACAGCAAUAGCCGCUACUUCUCCAGCACGGCUGUUUUACUCAACGAGCUCAUCAAGCUCUCCAUCUGCACUGUCGUCGCUUUUUUCAGUCGAGGCACUCUGGUCUUUACUGAGGUAUUUAGUAGUGACUGCUGGAAACUCGCCAUCCCUGCCUGCCUCUACACAAUCCAAAACAGCUUGCAGUACGUCGCCGUCUCAAACCUCGAUGCCGCUACCUUCCAAGUCACCUACCAGCUCAAGAUCAUCACCACCGCCAUUUUCUCCGUCACCAUGCUCCACCGGUCUCUCACACCCACAAAAUGGAUGUCGCUGCUCAUGCUCACCCUAGGCAUCGGCUUGGUCCAGCUUCCGGAGGACGUCCUCUCGCUCGUCACCACGGCGUUUAACAUGGCCCUAGGUGAAGUCGUUGCCGAGGAGGCCGAGAAAACGGCAAAGGUGCAUGCUCUCGAAGGCGAAAAUGAAAUGAACCGUACCCUUGGGCUGAUUGCCGUCACCAUCUCCUGCGUCCUCUCCGGUCUCGCUGGUGUGUACUUUGAAAAAGUUCUCAAGGGCUCCAACGCCUCGCUUUGGAUCCGCAACGUGCAGCUUUCGUUUUUCUCCAUCUUCCCCGCGUUUUUCAUCGGUGUUUUGUGGAAAGAUGGCGCUGCGAUCUCAGAGCGUGGAUUUUUCUUUGGCUACAAUGCUGUCGUGUGGACCGCCAUCGGAUUCCAGGCAAUCGGUGGUAUCGUCGUCGCACUUUGCGUCAACUUUGCCGACAACAUCGCAAAGAACUUUGCGACGAGUAUCUCGAUCCUCCUCAGCUUCAUCGCGAGCGUCUACUUCUUUGACUUUGUCGUCACUUCCAACUUUGUGUUUGGCGCUACCCUCGUCUUGGCGGCUACAUUCCUGUACUCGAAACCGGACCGACGCGUCCCCAGCAACCUCAAGGACAUUGAGUAUCGGCCGGCACCUCUGCAAUCUGUCGCUGACGACGGACCACGGUCUCCUAGACGUGUCGUCAGCCAGAAGAUGCAAUAGAUGAAUAGCUUGCAACAGAAAGCUAUUCCAGUUUCUGAAAAAAUAACAACCACUUUUCUUCUCCCUUGUUUUUUUGAUACAUUCAUUUUGUUGUACUGUAUAAUAGCAUAUACUAAUAGUCGUUGGGGGCGUGUACUCACACAUUUUUUUCUGUUAUUUUGAGAUUUUCAGUUUGUUUUCUCUAUUCCUGUUCGUUCACUCUUUUCUUUUCUGGUUGGCCUUCUUUUCUUUCGUGUUUCUGUCUUCUUGUGAACUUGUAUCUCAGUGAUUUCAGAUUGUUUGAUCUGUUGCGCGCUGCGAUAUAGGUUUCCAGUCAUUAGUUUUGAUACUAGUUUCCUUCGAAUUGUCUUCCCCUAUUUGUAUGUUUUUGUUUUGUUUUUGCGUGGUUUGGGAGCAUAUAAACGAUGUAUAUAGUUAUAAACUAGAAUAGACCAGGAUGAGACUUUCCAGCUCAUCACCAGUCCUAAAAUUCUCUG